AUGGAAUUCAAAGGGAAGGACCAGGAGCCCUUUGUGCCUGCUCUGAUCGUGGUGGAUAUGCAGGAAGACUUCUGUCCACCUACUGGAUCUCUGGCUGUUCAAGAUGGCCGGAGUAUUGCCCCGCUCAUCAACGAGCUCCUUUCAGAGCCGGGGUUCGUGACGCGCAUCGCAACCCAAGACUACCACCCCGCCGACCACAUUUCCUUCGCCAGUAACCAUCCCCCGCCAAACAACCGACCCUUCGAAUCCUUCAUUGAGAUGAAGAACCCAGCACCACAUAAGCACACCGAAACCAAGCUGCAGCAACUCUGGCCCGUCCAUUGUCUCGCUGGCCGUCCCGGGGCGGAGAUGAUCCCCGAGAUUGACACGGAUCGCAUUGAUCUGUUCGUCCAGAAAGGCAAGCACCCGCAGAUUGAGAUGUAUUCUGCCUUUGCAGAUGCGUUUGGAAAUCUGGAUCCCGCGGUGACGGCGCAAUCAGUCAACGUGGAGCUCGCAUCUGUGCUUAGGACAAAAGGGGUGACUGAUGUCUUUGUCGUCGGGUUGGCGGGGGACUACUGCGUGAAAUGCACAGCGAUCGAUGCCGUCAAGGCUGGAUUCCGCAGCUGGCUCAUCGAGGAGGGCACCAAGUGUGUCGUGCCGGCUGGCUGGGCGCAGGCGAAGGAGGAGCUUCGGGCCGCGGGGGUGUCGGUGAUCCACGUGGAUGACGCGGUGAAGAAGCUCGCCGUCGCAUCAAUUUCACGAUAG